AGUUCAUUUGAAUAUAUGAUGAUAUACUGAACAUAGAACAGUUACAUUUUUGUGGGUUUUUCGUUAUUAAUCUGUUGAUUUUUUUUUUUACUCUUUUUAGUUUAAUAAAGUUUGAUUUCUUUACAUUAUUUAUUUGGAGCUGAUUGUGGACCAAGGAGAAGUUAGCUAAUAUUUGCUAAAAUGAUAAUGGAUCUAAAGAAAGCGAAAUGAGUUUCAUUAAUGUUUAUUUGGAGCUUCUGAUCUACUCUUUCACUGGUAGUGGUAACUCUUUGUUCUUCUGUUUUUGUUUUUUCCCUUUGGAGAGUGGGUUUGAAUUUUUACAGUCAAGGGGGGAGAGAAAAGCAUUUCAUGGCCUUUGACAAAUUCUAGUACUAGAUUGUUAUCCUCAUUCCUUCAUAUUGGGUCAAUUGUUUGCUGUUUUUGGCUUUCUGAUUUCUUUGACAAGACAGUAAUGGUUUGUUUUAAACCAGGAUCAUAAUUUGUUGAUUGGGUUUUUGAAUUUGAAUUUCUGUUGAUGAUUAGUGCGAGUGAUGUGAAAGGUGGUGCAAAAUUUACUGGUUUAGACUUCUGAGUCUGUUUUAAUGAGAGUGAGAGAAAUAUAGGAAGUGGAGCUGUUAAUUUUCUUGAGCUAUCUUGUUGUCCGUGUUGAGUAAGCGCUGAUUGGAAGUUGAUCCCAGAUUCGUGAAGGAAAAAAUAAAUAAAUAAGAGAGCUCUCUUUGUGUUAGAUUAUUUUUCACCAGUUUUGGGAUCACGUGUUUCCUUUUUAUCUUUUGCUUGAUUGCACUUUCAUGUCUCGAAUUUGCUUAUGGUAUCUUAAAGUUCAGAUUUUUCAUCGCCUUCCAUCAUUUCUUCGGGACUUUUAGAAUCUAAUAAGUUUGAUGCCAUCAGGGAUUCUUAUGGAUUUGCUUUGAGAAUCCAACACGCACAAAGUUACAGAAAGUAUGCUAAUAGUCACAAGUAUUUGCUAUUGAGGUUGAAACUUAGCAUUUUGAACAAGCUGAGACAGCAAGUGAAAGAAGGAAAUUAACACCUUUUCAUGCUUGAUAACUGUGCUUGAGAGAUUGUUGAGAAAUCUUUGCACUACAGCUUAUCUUUUUAUAGAUGGGAGUUUCUGAACUAGGCUAGUGAUUUUGAGUAUAUCACACAAUGCUAUAGUUUCUUUUCUGGCUUUCUUUUUCCUUCGUUUCUAGUUCUCAAUACUUAAUUACCCUUCCUUGUUAUGUGAGUGUGACAUUCUCUUAUAUACAAUUGAUAAGAUCUUUUAAGAGCCUUUGUUUUAAUGAUUGAAUGACUUCAUGUUGAGUAUAUAUACCUGAAGGUAGUGAUAUGAUUAGUUAAGAUUAAGAAGUCCGUUACUUUUAUUAACAGUUUGUGGCUUGAUUGUUAUAGUUGUUAACUUGUUGUAACAGCUUUGUAAUAGCUUCUUGAUUAGUUGCUCUUGUACUCACUCUCAAUAAAUACUAGCUUCAAUUCAUAAGCUCAUACUUACUCAUCUUCAUUUUUUGAAAGAAUCAAAAGUCUCUCGCUCACUGUGUUCUCUGUUUUUUCACUGCUAUUGUUUCUCAAGUCUUCAAAAGGAGAACAAUUUGAGUUUGUUUUCUAGACAUGAUUGCUUUGUGUGUAGAACUCUCUGCAGGCUUGGGAGCUUUGGAAGGAAGGGACUUUCUUGGAAUUGUUGGGAUUACAAUAUCUGAAAUGAUUGCGUGUAAAUUAACAUGCUUGUAAAGCUACCUCUCUGCCUCCCGCUGCAACACACUGUCACUGAGUUUCAAGCUCUGGUCAAUCUCAGAUCCAUUCAAGCAAUCUCCAAUCCCAUAUUGGUAUUCCCCAGGCAACAACAAUGGCCGCCGGCGAACAGAGGUGGUGUGUUGUCACCGGAGGCCGGGGCUUUGCGGCGCGCCAUUUGGUAAAUAUGCUAAUUAAUUCAGAAACGUUAUCCGUUCGAGUCGCCGAUUUGGGUCCUGCGAUUGAUCUGGAACCAUCCGAGGAAAAUGGGAUUCUCGGCGAAGCUUUGCGCGACGGCCGAGCCGAGUACGUCUCCAUCGACCUUCGUAAUAAGGCCCAAGUGCUCAAAGCAUUCCAAGGGGCUGAGGCUGUGUUUCAUAUGGCGGCUCCGAAUUCCUCCAUUAACAAUUACCAGCUGCAUCGUUCGGUCAACGUUGAUGGAACCAAUAACGUUAUCGAUGCUUGCAUUGAACAAAAAGUGAAAAGACUGAUAUACACUAGCUCUCCUAGUGUAGUCUUCGAUGGGGUUCACGGAAUAGUCAAUGGGGAUGAGUCUUUGCCAUAUCCCGCUCAGCACAACGAUCACUAUUCAGCAACAAAAGCGGAAGGAGAGGCAUUGGUAAUCAAGUCAAAUGGUGUUAAUGGGCUUCUGACGUGUUGUAUACGUCCUAGCAGCAUUUUUGGUCCCGGUGAUAAGUUGCUGGUUCCAUCUCUAAUUGAUGCUGCAAGAGCUGGGAAAUCCAAAUUUAUCAUUGGUGAUGGCAAUAAUGUAUAUGAUUUCACUUAUGUUGAAAAUGUUGCUCAUGCCCACAUUUGUGCCGAACGGGCUCUAUCGUCAGAGGAGGCGGUUGCUGAAAAAGCUGCAGGGCAGGCUUAUUUUAUAACCAAUAUGGAACCUAUUAAGUUUUGGGAGUUUCUUUCACUUAUUCUCGAGGGUCUUGGCUAUGAAAGGCCAAGAAUAAAGAUCCCAGCCUUGGUAAUGAUGCCAAUUGCACAUGCUGUUGAGUGGGCAUAUAAGCUGCUUGGUCCAUAUGGGAUGAAGGUUCCACAGUUGACACCUUCAAGGAUUAGACUCCUCUCUUGCAGUAGGUCUUUUAAUUGUUCCAAAGCAAAGGAUCGACUUGGUUACACUCCCAUUGUAACUCUUCAGGAGGGUCUUAGAAGGACAUUGGAGUCAUAUCCACACUUAAGGGCUGAACAUCAACCUAAAAGAGAAGGACCAUCAAAAGCCUCCACGUAUCUUGGUAGUGGUAGAGUUGCUGACACAUUACUUUGGAAGGAUAAAAAACAGACGAUCAUCACGUUGAUAGUUCUGGUUGCCAUCUACUUCAACUUUGUUGCAUCUGGAUAUUCUAUCAUUACUGCAUUUUCAAAGAUUCUUUUGGGAAUAUCAAUAUUCUUACUCAUCCAUGGCUACUUACCUAGAAAACUUUUAGGGUACAGUGUUGAAAAACUUUCCCCAUCUCAUUUUGAGUUAUCAGAAGAGAAGUCACAAAGAGUUGCCACAUCAGUAGCCUCAUCAUGGAAUGGUGCUGUUAAUGUCUUAAAAUCUCUUGCCAAGGGGAAUGACGGGAUGCUUUUUGUUAAGGUUGCCUUUUUCCUCUUGGUUAUUAGCUUCCUUGGAGCUGUUUCAGUUCGGAGCUUAUUUGUAAUAGGACUUCCUGUCGUCUUUUUAGCUUUCUACAUCUACGAGAAGAAGGAACAAGAAAUUGAUUCCAUGUUUCUAGAUGUUCUGUCCUGUGGAAGCAAACUGAAAUUUGAUAUAGUUAAAAAACUAAGGAGGUCCAAAAAGACACAAUGAAUUCUGUUGCCCAAAGUAUUUUAUGGCAUCAAUCCAUACUUUUUUUGCCCAAAGAUCUGUGCACAUUAUAGCUUGAUGGUUUGGAAGUGCAGGCAUUGACAUUUUGGUGUUGACUGUGUUGGUUCAGUUUGUCAAUCUAAGAUUUCUAUAGAUCAACUGCUCAAUAUGAUUAUUCAAUCCUACUUUUACUUUAGUGUAGGAUAAUGUUCAUAUUUUUAUUUAUUUUGGGAGUGAAACCUCCUGGCUUUUUUGGUUUUUGACUUUUUUCUCCUGUUUUGUUUAUUUUAUUUACUCCAUUUGUAGUGUGGGGUUCAAAUUUAUUAUGAAGGGCUGAUAUUCAGAUGUUUUGUUUU